AUGGUUCUGCCAGCUUUCGUGUUACUUCCACUUUAUAUGUACCCAUACAAUUCAACUUCGUGGAGUACACUUACUACCUCGAUUGUCGCCAAUCCAGAACUCAAGUUUCAUGUGAUUGUUGCCCCGAACUUAGAGUUUACGGACCCAGAUGUCAAUUAUGUUGCAGGCCUUACAAAUCUCAGUAGCUAUUCAAACGUCCUGACUCUUGGCUAUGUCUAUACCUCUUACGGAGAUCGAGACGUUUUGGAAAUCGAAGCAGAAAUCGAUAAAUAUGUCGGGUGGAACUCACCAACCCAGCUUCCAAUAGGCGGGAUUUUCUUCGACGAGUCGCCAUCAAACAACUUAACAUUCCCCUACAUGAGUACACUUACCACAUACGCGAAAACAUCGUUAGGAGCUGGCAAAGAUUACAUAUAUCUCAAUCCCGGUGUUGCGGUCGAUGCAUCCUUCUAUACACUGGCUGAUAGCAUCAACAUAUUCGAGGAGUCUUAUGCGAACUUCAAUAAAACUUCAUUGACUAGUUUGGAUACCUCCUUACUAGCUAAAUCAACGUAUGCAAUUCAUGAUUUCACGGGAACUACAACAGAACAAACUGCUCUCGUGAGUCAGCUUACAUCUGCAAACCUAGCAGGGGUGUUCAUAACUACACAACCUGGGUACACGGAGUGGUCAAGCUUAUGGUCUUCGUUCUGCUCCGAAGUAAAUACAUUGAAUCUUGGUAAUGGGACCGGAGGUGGUGGCGGUGGGGGAGGAGGAGAAGGAGGGGGUAAUGGAGGCGGUGGCAAUGGGGGGCAUGAUGGGGGAGGGGGAGGGGUGGGUAACGGGGGACACGGAGGUGGAGGAAACAACGGUGGACAUGGAGGGGGUGGGGGAUAUGGUGGCGGUGACGAGUGCGAUGAUGAUGAUGAUGACGAUGAUGACGAUGAUGACGGUGACGAUGAUGACGAUGACGAAGAUGAUGCGGAUGAUGAAGAUGAAGAUUGGGGAACUGUGUAA